AUGUUGAUCAAGAAUAUCUCAUCCUUCGGUGCCGCCCCAAAGACCAUCUCCAACACUCAGGUUGGUAGCUUCACCUCCACCUCGACCACCCAGUCGUCCAACCAGGUUGCCCUGUUGAAUGGUGCCACUACCAUUGACUUGAACAUCCUCAACCUGAUCAUUGCUCACAUCAACCUCAACCUCAGUGCCUAA